AUGUCGGAAAAAAGAGAAGCAUUUGUAACCCUUGCUACCAAUGACAGCUAUGCUGUAGGUGCAUUUGUCUUGGGAAAUUCUCUUCGCAAUGUUAAAACAACUCGCGAAUUAGUGGUUUUAAUCACCGAUGAAGUUACCCAUCAUUACCGGUAUCGUUUACGCCAUGUCUUUGAUAUUGUCAAGCUGGUUGAUCCAUUCGAUAGUGGUGACGAGAAGCAUUUACGCCUUUUGGGUAGGCCCGAUUUAGGUAUUACACUAACUAAAUUGCAUUGCUGGAGAUUGACUGAAUUUAGCAAAGCUGUAUUCCUGGAUGCCGAUACCUUGGUUAUUGGAAAUAUUGAUGAUUUAUUUACCCGCCCUGAAUUAUCUGCUGCGCCUGAUGUCGGCUGGCCUGACUGCUUUAAUUCUGGUGUUUUUGUAUAUAAGCCUUCCAUGCAAACAUAUCAAACAAUAGUAGCAUUUGCUUUACAAUUUGGCAGCUUUGAUGGUGGCGAUCAAGGAUUAUUGAACGAAUUCUUCAAUACUUGGGCCACAAGCGAUAUUAACACCCAUUUACCCUUUACUUAUAAUAUGACAGCUACCUCAGCAUAUUGGUAUGCACCGGCUUUGAACAGGUUCUCCAAGGAUAUAAAAGUGGUGCAUUUUAUUGGAGCCCUUAAGCCUUGGCAUCACCUCUACAACAAAGAUACUGGCCACUUAGACUUAAAUGAAAAAUUUCAAGAAGGACAGCAACCAUUUCUUACGAAUUAUGUGCAACGUUGGUGGGAAAUUUAUACGGCUAGCGUUAAUAAAUUACCUUCUGAAGUAAGUAUGCAGUCACCAGUUGUGUUAUUGAAGUAUGAUUUUAAUCUACUUUAUGUUAGAUACUUACUUCUUAUAGUGUUCUAA